GGGGGGUUGUUACCUCCCGCCUGAAAGCAGCUGCUUAGGAAUGUCUCAUGAGACCAGGUAGGACGUUUCGGGAGCUUUUUGCCAGCCCAAAGCAGCUGGAGAGGUUGAGUCGAUGCCCUCCAGUCGUUUUGCCCGAUUGAACCGUUACGAGAUGAAACCUGCAAACCAGCUUAUCUCUCAGAGCAUGACACCUGUAUUUGAGCGACUACAGAGAGGGAAACAGGGACGUGCAGAUGUGUUUGUGUGUGUUGGGAUUAUGUCCUAAAUACACAGAAUUACACAGGUGUUGCUCCAGGAUUAUGCAAAGUCUCCUGCUGAAUAUAGUAACUAUAGGAUUAAAGGGAGGAACUCAAGUCAAGUGAAUGGCAGCACUUUAUCUUUUACAAAUUAAGCCAGAUCAAGUGUAAUCACACCCGCGGUAAAAAAAAAAAAAAUUGAAUCAGCCAUUCCAGGGUUUGAUAGGGGUUAGGGUUAACUAUUUUUAGGUAAACUGGGGAUAGGUUCGUAAACACUAACAAAAUCCAUCACUCAGCGCCAAGUGGAAUAACUUCUGCUCCCUUGUUGUGGACUUUGCUCCGACCUGAAGUACACAGAGUGACUAUUACAGCCUCUGAAAGGCUUAUUCAGCUUCCAUAAUGAGACGCUCGAGCACAGACGAGACUCCGUACCGGCGCAGUCCGUCUCUGGACAGCAAACCCGACACGCCGCCGUUCACUUCUGGCUUUCACCGCUUCAGCGGGGAGUUUGAGUACAAGCGGCCGCCGUUUGCGUUCGGCUUCCACACGACAAAAGAGCCGCAGGCGUCCAAGGGGCGCUACGCCCAGGGGAAGAAGUAUGUGGUGUUUUACCUGGACCUCUCCUUCAUAUUCCUCCUAGAACUGCGGCGCUGCAGGAUGGCCGAGGGUUGCAUGAUGGCCCUGCGAUAUGGAAUGGUCUUCUUCAACCUCCUUUUCUGGUUGGGAGGAUGUGGCAUACUGGGGGUGGGAGUCUGGCUCUCCGUGACCCAGGGAAACUUUGCCACCCUAUCAUCAUCCCUUCCCUCCUUGUCGGCAGCCAACCUGCUCAUCGCAGUGGGGACCAUCAUCAUGGUGAUCGGCUGUUUGGGCUGUGUGGGAGCUGUCAAAGAGAGCCGUCCUUUGCUGCUGACGUUCUUCAUCCUCCUCUUGCUCAUCUUCUGCCUGGAGAUUCUGUCUAUCAUGCUUUUCUUCAUCUACCAAGACGAGAUCGAUCACUACGCCCAGAGGGAUCUGAAGAAGGGCCUCCAGCUCUUUGGCACAGAGGGAAACGUGGGUCUGACCAACGCCUGGAUGAUAGUACAAACUGAUUUUCGCUGCUGUGGAGUAACCAACCACACAGACUGGUUCGAGGUUUACAAUGCCACCCGUGUGCCAGACUCCUGCUGCCUGGAGUACAGCGACAACUGUGGCCUGGACAACCCAGGAACAUGGUGGACAGCGCCGUGCUACGAGCGUGUAAAGGACUGGCUUAAUGAGAACCUGGUGGCCCUUUGGAUCUUUGCUCUAUGCACAGCACUUACUCAGAUCCUGGGCCUGGUUUUCUCCAUGACGAUGUUCUGUCAGGCAGUGAAAGUAGAGACCUUUUACGCCUAGCCAUCGUUCUCUCUGCCCUUCAGCACAUUUGGAUUGUUUCUCAUCAGAGAGGGACGAAUAUAGACCCACCCACCCUCCUCCUCCUCCUCCUCCUCCUCCUCCUCCUCUUCCCGACAGACUCUUCUUUCCUUGUCCUCUCUGUGACAUUCCCUCUCAGAUGUCACCAGUUCACAGUUUUUCUGCUAACUAUCAACAAGCACAGUGUCAGUGUAUUAUCUGAGUUGAGUUGGUUCCUAUGGUUUGCUCUGUGUCAAAAUGCUAAUUUCUGUGAUACAUUUUAUGAAGCAGUAUUAUGAACAUGUAUAAAAAAAAAAAAAUGUAACCCCUUUUUUUAAUAUGUGUUUUGUUCUAAAUUAUUUUAUGGCUUGUAUGUGUUUUAAAAAUGAGAGCUACAGUUGGGGACUAUGUGAAGUGCUGCAAGUGCAUGUCUCCUGCAAUGAUGUGUAAUAAAUGUUUUUGGCUCGACUAAA